GCUACCUUGGGGAUGUGGCAGCAAUCUCGACAGCUCGAAAUGCCCCGUGAAAUUCUCAAAGUUUGUCUUUUAUGAGAGCUGAGAGCGGAGGUGAAACCACAGAGAGGAGAGAGGGGGGACAGAUCGCGCCGAGGUGCAUCGGCUGCUGCAGAAAUUUCCAGCGGUUCCUGUCUGCCUUCCUUCCUGCUUUGGUGCCUGCUGCCCGGGCUCCGGUUCGUCGUUCGGGAUCGUGAAGUCGCGUCGGAGCUGGUGUCCGAGCUGAUCUAAGCAUCAAGAAGGAAGGAAAGAGAAGGAACCAGAGAGACUAAGCGGUCCACCUCUGUAGAAAUCCUCCUGCAGCGUGCGCCGGAGUGCAGCAGACACUCUGCAGUGAGCCCAGACACAUGAAGCUCCAGUUUCUACACAUCUUAAUGGAAUGCAGCCGGAUGAAUUAUUAAUGCCAAGCCUGGAAGACCCCUGCCACUUUGAUGUGUGAGCACACCCACCAAUAAUGGCCCAUAGGAUACUCAGUGGAAAUUCCUCUGAGGCAGACGUGUUCAUGCAUCCCGUCCAGCUUAACCUGCAGACUCUCUUCCACAAGCACUUCUGACUCCUACCAGAUCUUUACAGCCUCCAACCUCCACCCUCCCUUGAUGGCUGUCAUACGUCACCUGUUCAACAAUAAACCUCCACACACACAGCUCACCUGCUAUGAUUAAGGAAUACUGAGUGAAACAUUUGAAAAGAUCACAGUGUGAGCGCGUGCAGCAUGAGGCUGCUGUGGAAAUCCCUGGACAAGAUGAGGUGUCUGAGGAAACGCUCCACCAUCCCCUUCCUAGGCUUCCUCAUCACAUUCCUCCUCUUCCUGAAUCUCUACAUCGAAGACGGCUACGUCUUGGAAGGGGAUAAAAGACAGCUUAGGGAAACAUCCGCUCACCCUCCAAGCUCAGAGCGAUACGUACACACCUUCAGAGAUCUCAGUAACUUCUCUGGAGCCAUCAAUGUAACGUAUCGAUAUCUCGCUGGGACGCCACUGAAUCGCAAGAAGUUUCUAACAAUUGGACUGUCAUCGGUCAAAAGAAAAAGAGGAAACUACCUUCUAGAGACAAUCAAAUCCAUCUUUGAUCAGUCCAGCUAUGAGGAGCUCAAAGAAAUUGUUGUUGUGGUCCACCUGGCAGACUUUGACCUGGUCUGGUGUGAAAACCUGGUUCAGGAAAUCACCAGGAAGUUUGCCCAUCACAUCAUAGCUGGACGGCUCCUGGUGAUCCAGGCCCCAGAGGAGUAUUACCCAUCUCUGGACGGUUUGAAAAGGAACUACAAUGACCCAGAGGACCGGGUCCGUUUCCGCUCCAAGCAGAACGUGGACUACGCUUUCCUCCUGAACUUUUGCACAAACCUCUCCCACUUCUACAUGAUGUUAGAGGAUGACGUGCGCUGCUCCAAGAACUUCCUGACAGCUCUGAAGAAGGUUAUCACCUCUAGAGACGGUUCCUACUGGGUGAUGUUGGAGUUCUCCAAGCUGGGCUACAUCGGGAAGCUGUACCACUCCAGAGACCUUCCUCGCCUGGCUCACUUCCUCCUCAUGUUCUACCAGGAGAUGCCCUGCGACUGGCUCCUCAUCCACUUCAGGGGUCUGCUGGCCCAGAAGGACGUGAUUCGCUUCAAGCCCUCCCUGUUCCAGCACAUGGGCUACUACUCAUCCUACAAGGGAGCCGAGAACAAGCUAAAGGACGACGACUUCGAGGAAGACUCCAUCGACAUUCCUGACAACCCUCCUGCCAGCCUUUACACCAACAUCAACGUCUUUGAGAACUACGAUGCCACAAAGGCUUACAGCACUGUGGACGAGUACUUCUGGGGGAAGCCUCCUUCCACUGGAGACUUCUUUGUCAUAGUCUUUAAUAAAUCAACCAAAAUCAACAAAAUUAAGAUCUCUACCGGCUCUGACGACCGGCAGAAUGACAUUCUUCACCAUGGAGCUCUGGAAGUCGGAGAGAAACUAGUAGGGACUAAAAAAGGGAAACAGUGUUCCUCUUAUAUCACAUUAGGGGAGUUCAAAAACGGCAACAUUGAGGUUCAAGACGUAGACCACAAGAUUGCCUUUGACAUUGAGUGUGUUCGCAUCGUGGUGACAGCCAGCCAGAAAGAAUGGCUCAUUAUUAGGAGUAUAAGUUUAUGGACGACACAACCUCCUAGCCAAUGAGGACUCUACAGAAAGACUCUUAGUAUGUCAUAAAGGCAAAAUGUUUUUAUUAUUUACAAAUGUAUG